GCAUUUCAGCUUAUUCUGCUUAUUUUCCAGCCAAUUGUUAGCUCCCAUGGUUAGAGGCAAACCUGCCGGUGCUGUCAAGGCCCCAGUGCUUGAGGCGGGCUUGCGCGGCUACUGCGACAGCCUGGAGCGCGACAAUGCCCUGCAGCAGUUCCGCGUGCCACAGCGCACUCCAUUGCUGCAGCUGCUUGGCUGGGCAUUACGCCACGGCGUCCUUACGGGUGACGAAGUCGCAGCGUCCACGCCGCUCGCGUGUCAGACCCGCCCUUGCUACCUGCAGCCCCUGCUGCAGCACCUGCCCGCCACGCUAGAGCCCGCGCUGGAGCGUUACGUGGUGGCCAGCUCGCUGGCAGGGCAUCGCGGCAGCGUGAUCCUUGGCAUUGGCGCCAACACCGCCAUUGGCGCCCGGUCCCCAUCAGCCCUAGCACCAAGCAUGCGCCGCCGCCGCGCCGCGGCGUCACGGCACAGCACUGCGUCAACGCCAGCCACGGCCACUGUCGCGUCACUUAGCGACGGAGACGUGCUGCGUGACCUGCAGCUGGCAGCGGCGGCGGCCGUUUUCUCAGGGGUGCCGGAAUGGGCGCGGCCAAAGCCUGCGUUGCCGUCUGCACGGCGGCAGGCAGCGGCGGGCAGUGGCGGCGGUGGCGGCAGUGGAGUUGGUGGCGCCGGUGGUGGCGGUGGCGGCGAUGGCGGUGGCCGCGGCAGAAGCAGAAGCAGCAGCAGCGGGCUUGGGAGUAUUGGGAAUGACAGUUGGAGCAGCAGCAGCAGCAGGUUCUGCGUGGACCCGGCCUGGGCGUCUCUGCCGCAGCGCCACCCAGAGCAGCAGCUGGUGGCAGCGGCGGGGCAGGCGGUGGCUGCCAGUGGAGGCCACGCGGUGGUUGCGUCGGUGGCUGUUGGUGGUGCCGUCGAUAUAAGCAUUGAUGCUGUGACGGAUGCUUUGCGGCAGGCGGCUAGCGCCACAAGCAGGCGUCGUUACCCAGCAUGGCACGCAAGCCUGCCGACAGGGCACGCCGCAGCCGCGAGCGGCCUUCUGGCGCGCCCACGCUGGUUGGCUGGUGCUGGUGCCACCACCAGGCCAGCGGCGGUGGCAGAACUGCGAGCCUCAACGGCGUCGGCAGGGCAGCGGGCGAUAGCUGCAACACGUGCACAACCGCGGCUAGCUGCUGCUGUCACCAGCGCUGCCAGCAGUUGCAGCGAAGCAGCAGCGGCAAGCAUGGCCUCAGCGAGCAACAACGACGUGGCGGCCUUCUGCCUGGAGAACGAACGCACAGACGCCUCCUCAACGCAGCUGUGGGAGCUGCUCAACACGCAGAAGCUGUUGAAGCAGGCCUUCCUGCCGGAAUACUACCCGUCUCCCCGGGGCACCCCGCUGCAUCCGCUGCUGGCCACAGUCAUGACGGGCCCCUUCACUGACGUACUGCCCCCUGCUCCUGACUGGCAAGGCGUCUUCAAGACGCCCGGCUGCUGGCACAAGCCGCUGGAUCAGCUGGCGAGCAAGUACUUGGCGAACGUGAAGGUGCACGUGCAGGCCAGAGUGCGCAAGCGCGUGGAGCAGCACGUGCGCGCCAUGGAGCUGCAGCCUGAUACGCCACGCGGCACCAAGGGGCUGCUCAUUGCCUCCGUGCUGGGGCGCCCGCGACCGCUGAUCGCCCACAACCAGGACUACAGCCAGGUCAUGGACUUCCGCACCGCCAUGGGCGCCGUGGGCACAGAGCCGCCGCCCAAGGACCCCAAGUACAGCCACGACCUGUUCCUGCUGCACCUGCACCUGGCGCGCUACGGCCCCAAGGAGCGCUCCUACCUGCCGGUCGUCAAGCUGGGCCGCCGCUUCUGUUAUGUCGAUGGCAGAGUGGCGGCCGGCCUCACCGGCGUGUCUUAUGAGUGCGUGGAAAGCAAUUCGGGCGGCGGUGGCGGUGGCGGGACGCCGCGGAGAGGGCGGCGGGGAGGGCGGCGGCGGGGACAGGCUGCAUCCGGCGACGCUGCUGCUGCCACCAUUGCUGUACAGCUGGCGCUUGCGGGAUUGCCAGGCCGGCAGCUUCCCGAUGCCGCUCCCUCUGGCACCCCAGCAGCUGGUGCUGCUGGAGGUCCCGGCUUGCCUCUGCAUGCAGCAGCGGUGGCAGCAGCAGAGCAGUCCCAAGCACAGGCGCGAGCUGUGGCAGCUGCGCGGAAAAUUAUCUGCGAGGCAGCACCAGCGGCCGCAGCCGCCGCCAGCAGUCAGGACACGGAGCCAAGCAGCAACCGCCACCGCAGCCUGGCGGAACUUUGGGGCCUGACGCCCGGCCAGCUGGCAGCCAAGGGCAAAGCAGAACGGCGCCGCAAGCGACAGCUGCUGAGGCGUGCGGCCCGUGCCGCGACCAAGGAGGAGCAGCCAGAGCUGCGGCGGCACGAGAGGCAGCUAGGCAGGCGUGCGGUGCACCGCACUGUACAGAUAUUGUCCAUGGAGACGGAUGGGCUUUCCGCGCGCCUGACAAUCACACGACCACAGGAUGUGCGACCGCACAUCCAGCCACUACCCCUCAGCAGCGGCACAAUUGCCGAUGCGGCAACAACAGCAGCGCACCCUGCGGCUUAUCGCAGCUCAUCAUCAGCAGCAGCGGGGCGGGUCGCUGCGUCUCCCAGCAGCGCAACGGCGGCGGCGGCGGCGGCGGCAGCGGCGGGGCGAGUCGCUGCGUCUCCCAGCAGCGCAACGGCGGCGGCGGCGGUGGCGGCAGCGGCGGGGCGAGUCGCUGCGUCUCCCAGCAGCACAACGGCGGUGGCGGCGGCGGCGGCAGCGGCGGGGCGGGUCGCUGUGUCUCCCAGCAGCCGGCCUGCCUUUGCAGGCAUUGACGAGGGCUGCGUCAAGCUGCUGGUGGUGGCGUACAGCCAUGACGGCAAGACCCCCCCGCACGUCAUCGUCGUCACGCGCAGCUGGUACUACCAUGAGAUGCGGUAUCGAGAGCUCACGGCCUAUGGCAAGGACUGGCGGCGGCAGCAGCGCUCCGGCAUCCUGGUGGCACACCAGGCGCUCUCCGCCUCUGGUGGGCUGUACAACUGCGACCCUGCCAAGUGGCGUGCAUACCUGGCUGUCCAGCGGCAGUACUGGCCGGCGCUGCUCCAGGAGUCCGUCAUCAGCAAGCAGUUCGCUCAGCGGCGCAUGCUGCUGCUGUCCAACAAGCGCAGCGCUCAGGACCGCGCGGCCAACCGCGUGAUGCGGGCCUUGACGCACGGCCUUCCCAAGGAACGGCCGCUGGUGAUCGGGGUGGGCAGCGCAUCGUUCAGCCCCACUGCCGGCGGCGGGGCGCUCGCAGCGCCCAACACAGCAAUGCGCGAGGCGCUGUCGCGUGUGGCACAGCGUGAGCGGCAGGCGACAGGGCGUUCGGUGAAGAUAGUGCCGGUCUGGGAGCACCGCACCACCCUGUGCUGCUCCACGUGCGGAGCAGAGACCCAGGGCGCCUGGGUGCGGCGCAACGGUGUGCUGAGCCGCAGCGGUCGCAUCCGCCACUGCAUGGAGUGCGGCACGUCCCGUGACCGCGACGUGCAGGGCGCGCGCAACAUGCUGAGAAUCGUGGAGGACGAGUACGACGGGCGGGGGCGGCCACUGUACCUGUGCCGCCAGGAGCACCUGCCGAAGCCACCCCCCAUGGCGCCGGCAGUGCCCCGCUGCAUCCUGCCGCAGCUGCCUGAUGGCCUAAUCGAGGCACUGGACGGCCGGCCGCGCGGCACAGUGGCGGUCAUAGAUGCGCUCAGCGCGCUGCAGGCGGAGGGCGACGUGGCGGCACAGCGUGCGGCACAGGCGGUGGCCGCGGCGAUGGACCAGCAGGUGGAGGCCAGUGGCGGCAACUCUCUGGUCGGCGAGCCACAGCUGCAGGCCAUUGACGUGCGGCUGGCUGCUGGCCCGCCGGCAGAGGUCAUGGAUGCGGCCAGCGGCCGGCCGCGCGGCACAGUGGCGGUCAUAGAUGCGCUCAGCGCGCUGCAGGCGGAGGGCGACGUGGCGGCACAGCGUGCGGCACAGGCGGUGGCCGCGGCGAUGGAGCAGCAGGUGGCGGAGGCCAGCGGCGGCAACUCUCUGGUCGGCGAGCCGCAGCUGCAGGCCAUUGACGCGCGGCUACAUAGAGAUUCAGUGUUAAGUUGAUAGGCGAAGUAAUUAAGGAAUUUCAGGAUUUUCUUCAGGGUUCAGGGAUCAGAGUCAGGUUCAGGGUUCAGGGAUCAGAGUCAGGUUCAGGGUUCAGUAGACGUGGACGCUGAGUGCGGCUGAGUGCGCCGAGGGAUGUGGCAGGUGCAGCGUUCAUGUAGCAAGUGCGGAUUUCCAUCGGUCAGGUUCAGGGUUCAGGGAUCAGAGUCAGGUUCAGGGUUCAGGGAUCAGAGUCAGGUUCAGGGUUCAGUAGACGUGGACGCUGAGUGCGGCUGAGUGCGCCGAGGGAUGUGGCAGGUGCAGCGUUCAUGUAGCAAGUGCGGAUUUCCAUCGGUCAGGUUCAGGGUUCAGGGAUCAGAGUCAGGUUCAGGGUUCAGGGAUCAGAGUCAGGUUCAGGGUUCAGUAGACGUGGACGCUGAGUGCGGCUGAGUGCGCCGAGGGAUGUGGCAGGUGCAGCGUUCAUGUAGCAAGUGCGGAUUUCCAUCGGUCAGGUUCAGGGUUCAGGGAUCAGAGUCAGGUUCAGGGUUCAGGGAUCAGAGUCAGGUUCAGGGUUCAGUAGACGUGGACGCUGAGUGCGGCUGAGUGCGCCGAGGGAUGUGGCAGGUGCAGCGUUCAUGUAGCAAGUGCGGAUUUCCAUCGGUCAGGUUCAGGGUUCAGGGAUCAGAGUCAGGUUCAGGGUUCAGGGAUCAGAGUCAGGUUCAGGGUUCAGUAGACGUGGACGCUGAGUGCGGCUGAGUGCGCCAUUGACAGCGUUGCACAGGUUCAGCCUCGUGUGCCCAGGCAAAGCAGGUGUCGCCGCGUCAGCCUGUACCAGAGCAGCCCCGCUGAGCGAGCUUGCACUUUCGGGCACCCCCCGUGUGGGACAUGCCGACAACUUUCUUGUCCCCUGCUUGGGCUGGGAGCUGCAUUCAGUUGUCCAUGUGCUCAAAUGUCUCGUGUCCCUGACCUUGAACGAAAAGCCCCUCACCCU